UAUGUUAAUAUAAGUUCAAUCGCCAUUGCAAUGAAUAGCAAGUUAAGCACAAAAAGGUGUAGAAUACCUCUGCAGGUUAACGCUUCAUCAGCUCAUCAACCAUUGAAUGGCAACAAUUCAGAGUGAGAAGCCUGCACAGCAAUCCGAUAAUGUCCAACCCUCUGCUGUUAUUACAACCCAGAAGGCCAACAAAACUCAUCAGUCUUGUAGAGAAAAAGUGAAAGGGAUGGCAAACAAGAUGUUUCAUCAUAAUGACCAGCAUGGAAACCUCCAGGCAGCUUCAAAUGGGCAAGGCCAUCAUCAAUCUGCAAACCAAGCAUGCCAAACACCUUCUGCCGAAAGGAAAAAGAAAGAAACGAAUUGCAUGCCAAACAUACGUGCUCGUAUGAAGAUCAUAAAAAAGAAAAAGAACAAUGAAGCAAAAACAGGCGAUACAAGCAGCAACAGCAGCAGCAGCGAUGAGGGCGAUCAAGGACAAGGUGCAAGGAAGAAGAAUUAAGCAAGUUGCUGUGAUGGGGAAUGAAACACCAAUAAGUAAUUUCAUAAUAAAUAAUAUUAGAUGCUCAUCAAGAAACACAGCCUGUUGAUUCUACCAAUUCAGUACUGUACUGUAUAAGAACUAGAAAGUGAACUCUGUACAAUGAGACACAUAUUGUAAUGGAACAUAUAUAAAAGAGAAGAUCCCAGUUUGUAUUCA